GAGGUUCGUGGAGGUAAACAAAUCUGGUGACGGAGGUGGGAGGUGAGGGGCGAGAGUUGCUGUGGCGUUGUGGUGAGGUGUAGCAGCAUGGGAAGUCUUCAGUCUGACAUUGGGGAGUUGGCUCACCACUUGAAGCAGGAGAAACUCUUCUUGGAAGCAGAAAAACAUCAGAUACAGCUACUCAAUGAAAAAGUGAGAAAGACCAUUGAGCGGGCCUACCAUGCAUCUUGGGUGCGUGGGGAGCAACAGAGAAACUACCAUGACUUGGUGCUGCAGCCACACUCCUCCCCACCUGCUUGCUGUCAGCGAGCUAACCUGCUCAACCAACUCAAGUUUGUUGAUGGAUAUAAAGUUCUGGGAUUCAAUGAGGCCCUUUAUGGGGACUUAUUGUCAGGUCUCCGUGAAAACCCUCGACUCCUGGCAAGAUGCUUGGUGCUCGGGGAGAAACAGAGUCAGGAAGCAAUGCAGAUGGCAGCAAGGACAGUGUUUGCCUCCAUCUAUGCUAACUGUCUCUUGCCCGAUGAUGAGACGUACACUCUUAACCUGCUAAAGCACCUAAUGGAGCUGCAGCUGGCCACCUCAGAGACCCCGCGGCGCCUCCUGCGUCACGGCUCCUGUGCCUUCAGUCAGAUCUACCGAGCCUAUGUGGACUCUCUGCCUCAGGCCAAGGUUUUCCUGACAGCCGCCCUCCACAACCCUAUCAUGCAACUCCUGAUGGAGGAUGAACUCUUCCUUGACAUAGACCCCUCCAAAGCUGCAGUUCGCUUCCUUCCAGAGGAACGCACCCGCAGGUUUGGAAAGGAGAGCACUCCGGAGUACAAUGCUGCUUUGGCCAAGUACCGAACAUGGACCAUUACCAAGCUUGUCAAAAUCACUGAGAGGUUCAUAGAAAGUAUCAAGGAAGCAAUGAACUGCUUCCCACCUCAACUGUCUUGGCUAGUUCGGAUCCUGUACGACGUCCUCCUCACAGCCAAGAGAACAGACACCAGGGAGGUCAAUGCCAUCUGUGUUGACUUGGUGUUUGCCUUCUUCCUCUGCCCGGCGCUGGUUACCCCAGAACCUUAUGGGAUCUGUGAUGCUCCCAUAUCACACAUUUCCAGUUUUAAUCUGAUGCAGAUUGCUCAAAUUUUGCAAGUCUUGGCAAUGAGCCGAUGGGAGACUCAUGACCCGAGGCAGUCUGACCUUUACUCCCACUUUGACAAGGAGGUUAUGUCCAGUGUGGUGGAUGGCAUCCUGGAGGGUGGAGGUACAGAAAUGCCACCACCAGCUUCAUGUCUCAACAGUCCUCUCAGCACACUCAUUCGCUCCUCUUGCCUCAUUCCUGAGGCUCGACUGCAUUCCUUCGUCGCCUUCCUGAACACUGUAUUGACUGAAUUGCUUGAUGAUGACAUGAUGCGUAAGGAUUUGGAGUCAGUGAUUGGCCGCCUCAAGUCCUCCCACCUGUCUCCAGUCCCCUCCACCAGCUCAGCCAUCUCCACCCCAAACACAACCAAGAAAAACCUGCUGGGACGGGUCAAGAACAACAGGAUCAAGGCCAGCAAGAGUCACAGUGAAGGGAGUGGAGACUCAGAUUCCCUAGGAUCACUGCAGGACUCCACUGGGGGAAGCUCCACCCAACUACCGGCUCAGGGGAGUCUGGAGGAGGCAGAGCCUGUACAGCCAGCCUUGGAUUAUGACACAGUGCUGGUCAUCUCCUUGAACACCUUCAGUCCACCAGAAUGCCCCGGUCUUAUGGCAGAGGAAAAAGUCUUGUCCACAGUUCAGGCAUCCAAGACAACCUCCCGGGUGAGAAUGAAUGUGGAGGAUGAGGGGGACGGAGGAGGGGGAGAGGCCACCACUGAGAAGCGGACGAGGUUUUCUCUCUCCCAUGAUGAGGGAUCCAUUGGUAAUACUUCAGACAACUUGGAGGCAAUCAGUGAGGCAGCCAGCAACCACAGUGUUGCCUCCAGCUUGGAUGAUGUUGAGCAGGAAGACCAGCAAGAUAACCUCUCAGACAUGGUGUCAGCCAAUGUCUCUGGCCGUGGCACUCCCAAUGUGUCCGGGCGGGACACACCUUCCUCCCAGGUGACAGAGGGGGAAGAGGCAGGACUCAGGGGUGGGGAAGAGAACCAGCCUCCCCCACCCAAUGUUCCUGUCACUGUUCCAAAGUCAGCUGGGGCUGAUAUUGAAGAAAAAUUUGGUCGAUUUGAAAUCAAGCCUAUGAUUGGUGGAGAUGAAACAAUCUCCCUUGUGUCAGACACCUGGAGCACUGAUGUGCUGGCCAGUGACUCAGAGACUAUUGAGGCAGCUGACAGGGCCGAUCGUGGGGACCAGUUUCAUGAGCAACUCUUGAAUCGGCAUCUGGCAGAGUUGGAUCAGAUGCAAGGAGAGUACCUCGGUGGUGAUGCUGCAGGCGAGACCUUUGAGACUGCCUCCGAAGCCUGGAGCACUGAUGUCCUUGCCUCAGACUCAGAAAGGAUGACUGAGUUUGACACUGAUGACGCUCAGAGUGUGGCACGCUCAGAUGACACAGGACGGUCAGAAAUGGAGGUGGAGCUUGGGGGAGGAGAUCUCUUACGUCCAGAGCCUCUUCCACAGGAGGACAACAUCACUCCCCGGGCUCAGGGCUCCCGCUCUCCUGUGGAUGGAGCUGUUGGGGGUGGCAGUGGCAGUGGUAGUGGAGGAAUACUCAAGCCUGUACCCGUUCUGCCGCCAUCCCAGCUUGCUGAAACAAGUGGUGUCAUGCCCAGUGGUAUCCUGAAGCCCAUUCCAAUACUAAACCGGACUGGCCGCCCAGCCACACCUCCAAGAGUGGAGUUCCAGCCCAUCCACCCAGCAGGGGAAGGGGAGAGAAAUCUCAUGGACAGCAGGGAGGGCGAGGGUACAUCUCAGGCUGACCAGGAGGUUGCUUCUGCCACGCAGUCUUUGGGUCGCCUUAGUCUCAACUUGUCCACAUUGCCCAACAAUGGUAUUGUGUCUGGCGAUCAGCAUUUACUAUUGAACAGCUUCAUUGGGGAGGGAGGGAGAACGGGACCUUGUGCUCCUCUAAUGGAUCUGGGGGGCAACAGUGGAUCUGCUGAGGGUAGCCACAUGGCAGUGCACCACAAGCUGGCAGCCUCCAGUGACCGUGGCUCUGGUGAGGACAGCAGCCUGCACCUCAGCACUACCAGCCUGGCGUCGUCCAGCAGCUCUGGCUCGGAUGUGGUUGGAGGUUCAGGGAAGCUAAGGUCCACACCAGGCGUUAGUGCCAGUCCUGCUCCUGAAUCUGGGGAGGUGCCUGAGCCUAGUGUCCCAGGAGGCAGUAUGGCAUCCACAGGAGCCAUUCCAAAGAGCAUCAGCUUUGACAAGACUGCUGAGCGUGGUGACCGUGAUCUGCUUGAUGCGGAUGCCAAACACAAGCGUGGAUUUUUCAAGAACUUCAAGCUUCCUGGUUUCAAGACACGCCGCAAGCCGGGCACUCGGUCUGGUGAUGAGUCCAGUUACAUUCGGGCUGGCCUAGCAGGACCAGAUGCCAACAUCCGCCGAACAAUGUCAGAAGAGAGUCGUCCUCCCAUCAUUGAGGAGACCAGUGAUGACAUCCUGGCCAAGUACCGGAACAAGAAGCCCAGUGUAGAUGUUUCAGAGACUGAUGGCAACAUGAUGGCCAACCAGCAUAACCUUCCAGCUAGUGAGAUUCCCAAGACGGAGGAAGAUGAGAGGCUGUACAUUGAUCCAGCAAACAUAGAAGCCAGUUAUGCCUUCAUGGAUGCCAAGAGAAAGCUGCGGCUUGUGCUGAGCAUUGCAGAUUUCUCUAUUUCUCCCCAUGUGCCUGAGUUUGGAAUGCCGGGUAGUGCGGACAACAGCAUUGACAGUGAUGUGCUCACCUGGCUGCGGUGCCAGCUGGCUGAGGCUACAAACCUUCAUGACCGCUCCCUGGUGGCCCAACUACACGAAACCCUCCGAUGCGUCCAGCUGUUUGAUGCAAAGGGCAGAGAACAGCUGGUGAGAAGCCUAAUAGAUGACUAUCGUACCCGGUCACCCUAUGUGGCCUAUCUGGUGCGCAGCCGACAGGGUCUUCUCACCACCAUAGCACACCUGGAGAAGCUGCUGUCGAGGAUCAAGGCUGACUCUGUGGUGGUGAUGUCCUCCAUUGUGGGCGUGUGUGUGCGAAUGUUCCUGGAGCGGCGGGAUCAGUGCCUCGGCCGCUUCACACACGACUUCACUCUUCUUACUGUGCCUGACGAGAAGGUACAACUGGUGGAGAACUUCCUCACUCAGCUGUACUCAGAGCUGGAGCGUGACCCCAUGUGGAUCAGCAGCACGAGAGAGCAGCUAGAUGCUGCCCAGUUAGUGUUGGAGCGUGUUAUGUCCCACAUCUACAUUCAUGCUCUCUAUCCCAAUGGUGAUGGGGACGUAUCCAGAGAUCAAGUAUUGCAUGAACACAUGAAGAAACUGGCAGCUGUCAUCACUCCAACUCACAAGGACCUGAGGAUACCCAAGCUGUACCAGUAUGAGUGUCCAUGGCCCAGUGCACAGGCAGAGAUUGUGAGCAUCAGUGCAUACAAGACCCCUGGGGACAAGCUGCAGUGUGUGGUGAGAGCCUCACAGACCAUCAUGAACCUGCUGUCUCUUGCCCAUGAACAGUCGGUGCCCGCUGCUGAUGACUUCAUGCCGGUGAUUGUCUAUGUCCUUAUCAAGGCUAACCCUCCAGCGCUGCUCUCCACAAUGCAGUAUGUGAACUUGUUCUAUGAGAAACGGCUCAAAGGGGAGGACCAGUAUUGGUGGACGCAGUUCUGUGCUGCGAUUGAGUUCAUCAAGACAAUGGACUAUCACCUCUGACAUGGUGACCAGGUGUCUCAAGCUGGACAUUGUUUGUGCCAUUACUAGCAAGGUGAGAACCAUGGCUGUAACCAUUGUUAAAAAUGUGAUCUUUCUCUUGGAUGUACAAGUUAUUUUUCCAAAACUGGGUGAUAUGGAAGACAGCACAAAAAAUCAUGUAGUGGUGAAGGACUAAAGGGAAUUUGGUAAAUAUUGACUGGUCUCUUGUUCUAGGAGAGGUGAGUCUGAUAUUGUUUUUAGGAUUCAGGUUUUUUUGUGCAGUAACUGUGAUGCCAGACAGCAAGAAAUGCUCAAGUCUCUUUUUGACGUAAGCUGGAAAACUCUCAAAUUGAUUCACAGCAGGAAUCUUCAUGAAUGGGAAACUGGUUAGGUUAGAUGUUGUAUGAUUUUCAUAUUUAAAACAUAUGCAAAAUAUAAAUAGUCUUGUAUUUGAUUUUCUAAGCAUAAUAAUAUAUGCUUCAGGUGAACAUGGUAUUUUUAGAGUACAGCUCUCCCCUAGUAUUAGGUCUGCCCUUGAGCACCUCUCCCACCAAAGCCAAACCUGAAAAUUUUACAUUCCACAAUGUCUGUUAUUUUUUGGUACUUCUAGAAUCUAGGUAGUACAGUAAAUUUUUUUAAGACAUUUUCUAUUGAAAUAGCUUGGCUGGUGUGGAACAGACUCACAGGUGAAGUAUUCGGCCCUUUCAGUCUAUUGUGCAUAGAUUUCUGAUUAUAAUGAGUGAUAUGAUUCAACUGUCUAAAGUAUAUUUUAAUGGCUACUAUUUAAAACAUGCAAAAGUCAUGCCUUGCCUGCCAGUUCUAUAAAUAAUUUGGCCUCAGAAUCCUCUUUAUCUGAUUUGUGAUUUCUUCGACCUGACUAAUGACAAUAUUUAUUUAUUUAUUAUUUAUGUAUCUAUUUAUUGAUUUUGAUUUGUGGAAGAUACAAAGCCUAUCUUGGAGGACCAAACAACUCUUGUGUGGCUACUUGCUUGAUGUGAUACUCAUACCUUAUAUUUUUGUAGUGCGCAUCACCAAAGAGAACUGUGAACACCCUCAAAAGUUUCCUGUUCAGGGCAUUUCAAAGAGAAUAAAAAAAAUGAAAGACCUUGUGUGCUUGUGGCUUGCAAGAUGUUGAGUUCAUUCACUUUGUUGAAGUAAUGCAUAGCUUGCCAUCUGUGCACUAUCACUCUCUCUGAGCUGGUGAGAAUGUCUGUCAUUUUAAAUGUCUUGCUGAAGUUUUACUGUUUAAAUAUAAUUUAAAAUCAGGCUGAUGAACUUUCAAUGUGUCUCUUAUCUCAUCUCAAAUUUACUGAAAACACUGGAGUUUGUCACCACACAAACAACUGUAUGGAAAUUUCCCAUAGUAAACAUGCCAUCUCUAACCAAAUAUGUCGUUAGUGUUAAAUUCAAUUCAGUAUUUAAGCAUUUAAUUAAAUGUAUAAACACAGCUAGAAUUCUGGGUGCUUAUUAAGAUGUUCUGAUAGCAAAGGUGCAAUAAGUAACAAGUGAUAGAAUAACUGCAUAUUGCAAGAAACAAAAAGCAUAUCAUUGGGUUUGUGUGUGUUAGUGUGGCUGGCAACAUAGAGCAAGGAGGGAGACAGCACUGCCCUUGACCCCUCCUGCAGUAGUGCUUCCAUUGGUAUUGAUUGGUGGCUUGCUGGUCCGCUGCCUACACCUCUGCUUUUAUUUCAUGACACUGUCCCAGAACGUGGCUGUGUGAAUUGCUUACAUGUGGCAGGCUCUGAGAACUUGCUAGGUGUAAGGAAGUCUGUCCUAAUUUGGAAGUGCCUCAGAGGUCUUGUAUGAUUGAUGAAAAUGUAUUUGAAUAGUUAUCUAUCAUAUCACUGCAUUUGUAUAUUUAUUUCUUAUUUAUCAUGUAGUGUUUUCAUUGGCCACUUAAUGUGCAUAAAUCUGUAGGUUGUAGUGCAUGUAUUGCGUAUGCAUGUUAGACGUACGUUAUCACCUAGAUGUGACCUGCUUCAUUUAGAUAUGUCGUGCUUUAUCUUGGGAAAUUCAUUAUGUAAGCCUGCACCCACCCUAGCACAGGUGAUGGCCAGUGUGUUGUGACAACAGUCCUGCUGUUCAAGAGACAGGGAAACUAACACUCCUGAUGAAAAGUUGCCACUAUAGGAUUACAUUUUGGACAGUUUAUUGGGACGGUUUGGAGCUUAAGGGUUUCAAUAUGCAAGUGUAUUUUUGGAAUCUUAUGGUUAAUUGGAGACUGGAUACUGCACCCAGAUAAUUCUUCAAAGGAGAAAUGUGUGUACCUGUAGUGUCACUUGAUGAAGAAAAACACAAUGCUGUACCUUUCAGUAUUUUCAAUGAUAGUGAAAAAUUUAUUUGAUUUCUGGAUCGCGUUAGAUAUACGUAUAGAUAUAUUUUUUUGUCAUCUGUUGAAUGAGCAAACUGUCAUUAGUACUGGAUAUGCAAAGGGCAAGAAGUAUGAAUAGAAGUCUUGAUGAGUUUCAGCUGUAGAGAAGAGAGUUACCAGCUGUAUUGAUAAUGGCUUGUGUCAUCAGCCAGAUGUAUGGCCACACUCCAAAGCAAAUUUUAUAUGAUAUAUUAUAAGCGCAUGUAUCAGUGACAUGAGCAUAUAUAAAAGUGUAAGGAGGUAGCAUGUUAGGUUGUAUGGUGGAACCAGGAGUUAAUGAAAGAAUACAGAUCCUGUGGUCUUCCGAGUUGAAAUCCCAUGAUAACUAUUGAGCAGCUAAGGCACUGCAGUGAUUUCCAUAGGAAUUAGAUUGUACCUGAAAGCAGUGAGAACAGUGUCACUCAUGGUGGUUACACCUGCCUUGAGAAAUGUAUGCAUUUUGAGCAUAGC